UUUGUGCAGGAAAACAAGCUUCAGUGUAACUUAUCAAAUAAUAGCGAUCUAGAAAUGUAAUUAAUGAUGUUAUUUUUUUUAAUGUAAAUGAUUUAUUUGAAGUAUAUUGGCGAGAAAAAUGAUAAAGUAUUGCUAGCUGGAUUUGUGUACGGUGAUGGAGGAGAGCAGGCAGGCAGAGGGUGAACCCAAAGCCUCGGCUGAAUCGCGGAUUAAGAAGCCUGACUUGCCGAUUUAUGUACCCAAAGGACGGCAGGGCGAAAAUCAACCCCAGUGUAAAGAAAAACCGCAAGCAGGGGGUGAUAAGAAACCCAAAGGCAGACCCCGGUACACCGAUAAAGCCCGGAGAUACAACUCCAAGAACAAGAAGGACAAAAGCGGAGCAGAUCGAAAGGACACGGGGGACGACAGGUUGGAGAAUGGGGAGGACACCCCAAAUCUGAAGCAUGGAGAAAAAGAGAACGAUGAAACCCGAGGGCCAGAGGAAGACGCAGGUCAGAAGGUGUCUUCUGAGGACGUGACACACACCACCAGUGAGUCAAAGGCUGCUGAAACCGAGCCGGAAGAAGAACGAGAACCCAAGAAAGAGGAAGAAGGUGAAAACUGGGAUUCUCUAUUCGCCGAUGAUGGCGAGUGCCUCAAUCCACACCUGCUGGAAGAGAUCGCUCAGAAGUCCGGCCAUCAAAAAUCGUCUAUUCAGGAGCCAAGGUUUGAUUACUAUAAUUGGACGCCGGAGGACGAGGAGGUGGAGCUUCGUGAGGACGAGCUGUCUCACAUCGUGGAGAUCUACGACUUCCCUGCCGAGUUCAAAACGGAGGAUUUAAUACGAGCUUUCUGCUCCUAUCAGCAGAAAGGUUUCGAUAUAAAGUGGAUCGAUGACAGCCACGCCCUCGGCCUCUUCUCCAGUUCCAUCGCAGCACGAGACGCUCUGAGGACCAAACACCCCAUGGUGAAGGUUCGUCCUCUGUCCAAAUCCUCUUCAGCUACUAAGGCCAAAGCCCGUGACUCCUCAGAUUACCUCCUCCCGGCUAAAGAGCGUCCGCAGACGAGUGCAGCUUUGGCACGGCGUCUGGUCACCUGCGCUCUCGGGGUGAAGAGCACACAGAGCCGGGAGCAGCGUGAGGCCGAGAGGAACCAGCUACGGCAGGCCAAAGAGCAAAAACGACUGGCAGCCAAGCAGCGAGACGACGCCUGGGAAGGGAAGUGAAGCUCUUAUGGCCUGCUCUCUCUCUCUCUCUCUCUCUCUCUCUCACUCACACACACACACACACACACACACACACACACACACACACACACACACACACACACACACACACACACACACACUGGAUGCAGGUCCGUGGCUCACUGGACUUUUUUCCGACUAAUUUUUUUUCCGAGCUGUCUCGUUGUCGUCAUCACUGGUGACUCGUUGUCUCCAUGGCGAUGUGUAGAAAAUGCUGUAACACACACACACACAUACACACAAGCACAUGUAUGCAUAGGUGAUGAUGUUCUGUGUGUGUGUGUGUGUGUGUGUUUCUUCAGGUCUGUAAAUAUGGUGUUUUUAUAACAUUCAGCUUUAAACUGUAAACACACAGCUGCUUUUUUUAGUGUGUGUGUGUGUGUGUGUGUGUGUGUGUGUGUGUUUUGUUUUAAGUGUAUUUUAAGCGACUGUACAGACCCUCUGUAUAACUGAUUUGAAUAAAACAUUAAAAAAUCA